CUGCGCUGGGGGAAGCGGAAAGCUGCCCAAUGCUAUGAGCAGAGAAGAGUGUGUUCAUCUUCUACAGGGUGAUCCCAGGGCCAGGGAGAUAAAUCUCCCAAAUUCUCCGCUGUCUACCCGUUGUAUGAUACGAGAUCGUGGAAGAUAUUGCUUGAGCAAACCGCUUUCUCUGGACUAAUACACACAAGUAGCGGCCUUCUGUUAUCCUUGGACAUAUCCUAGGCCAUUCUGUGAGCAGGUCAAGAUAUGGCGAUGGCCUGCUGCGUUGACUGCCCCAAACGCUACUUGAUGGUGUUCCUGGGGUUUAUCGGGCUUCUUGUUUCCAUUGGUUUCCGCACGUGUUUUGCUUUAGUCAUGGUUCACGUGACCAAUCACACAUCAGCAAAACGAGACGCCGACACUCUUUUUCCCAAUUGUACAGCAACAGGCACCUCUCGAAACCUGCAGCUGCACAUAGAUCCAAGUCGUGUAUUCCUGUUUUACACCGCUUUUUAUUGCGGUACCCUCGUAACUCAGAUACCAGGCGGUAUUCUUGCAGCUCGCUACUCCUCUAAAUGGGUGUGUGGACUGAGUAUACUGGUGAGCAGUGUGCUGUUCCUGGUGCUUCCCACGGCCAUCCAGUACAACCUCCCAGCUGUGUAUGUCAUCAGGGUCCUCCAGGGCCUAGCCGAGGGAUGCUCGGUGCCUGCUCUGAAUGGCGUCAUAUCAGAAUGGGCCCCCAAAACGGAGAGGAGCCGGAUGAUAACCAUAGCAUAUGCUGGUGCUUACAUCAGCCCCGCCAUCGCCCUCAUCACAACGGGCGCCUGUGCGUGCUACGUCAGCUGGAGCAGCAGCAUCUACAUCUACGGUGGGUGUGGUGUGGUAUGGUCCUUGGUCUGGAUGGUCUGUGUCUAUGACAAUCCUAGACAUCAUCCUAGUCUUGGGGAGAGGGAGAGAGGACUGUUCCAAACGGAUCACUCCUUCAACAACAGCACAGAUGGGGAGGCGGACAUUAUUCCGUGGAGAGGUAUUCUGACGUCACUUCCAGUGUAUGCCAUCAUUGUCGGCGCCUUCUGCCGGAACUGGAUCUCCGCCGUGUUGUUGACCCAGCAGCCCCAGUACUUCAAGGAUGUGUACCACAUGACCACAGCCAAAAUCGGGUUUCUGUCGGCUGUACCUCAUGUCUUGAUGACAAUGGUUGUGAUACCUGGCGGUUUCCUCGUCGACAACGUGAUCAGUCGAGGCAUAUGUUCCAUAACUGUCGCCAGGAGGCUCUCCGAAACACUGGGGUUUGGUUUGGAGGCAGCUAGCUUGAUGGCCAUCGCGUUCGUGGGAGACUGGAAAAAGGCUUUCGGUCUUUUCUGUGCGGGUGUCGGUUUCAGUGGCUUCGCAAUCUCAGGUUAUCAGGUGAAUCCUCUUGACCUAGCCCCCAAGUAUGCCAGCGUUGUGACAGGUCUAUCUAGACUUGGGAUGCUGGGGUCCAUCCUCAGCACACUGAUCGCCUACUUCGCCAGGGACGUCGUCACAAACGCCGACGUCGCCACUGCUUGGAAACGACUCUUCAUCAUCGCCGCCUCCAUCCACUUCGGUGGCGUUAUCUUCUACGCUGUCUUCGCAUCCGGACAGCGACAGCCUUGGUCAGGGUCCCCGUCAACGUUGUCAGUUUCCAUUCCUCAACCAGUCGCUAAUGACGACGACGUCGAUGACGAGACCACAAGACUGUUACGUAGGCGCUUACGGCAUCGUCGACCUCAUCUUCUGGAUGCCGAUAGUUACGAAUAUGGUUCAACAACCAGAUUUUUCAAUACCAUUUGAUACAAACGUAAAUACAUGCCGUAAUCAUAUUGUGAAACGUGUCACUUGCAAACGUUUUAUGGUAGGCAUGCGGAUGAUAUUUUCAAUUUGACACGUCAGUUACAAAAAGUAUGUCCUUUGCAAUUCCUAUUUUAAUCUGACUUGUACCAUAGUUGUUUUAGUUAUAUUUUUAGUUAUUUUUUCAAGUAAACUACUUACUUGCCUUUGCAUGUGUUUGUGACGGGUGCCACAAGUGAGGCAGAAUACAGCCACCUUUUCGCGAACAGCUGUUGUCAUCACUUGAUAGUGAUUCAUAAACACAUGUUCAUGAUAAGGUCGGAAACGUACAAUGGACUACAUUUCUUAUGAAUAUCGAAAGGGUUUUGUUGCUUGUAUUAUUGUAUAUUCAUUUAAUGGUAUCCGCCUCGCGCAAUGUCUUGACUAAAUUAUAAUUCCAUAACAAGACUAAACAUUCUUACUCAUCAUUCAAUGUGCGGUGGCACGUUCUCCUCAUUGGUAGCUACACAUCUGAUAAUUUUCAUUACAAUUUUUAUAGGUUUUGUUAAAUUAUUGUUUACAGCAUCUGGUGGAGAUGUUGAGAUUUUGAAACACACCUCAAACUCAAGCUUGAUUCCCUUGAUUCCGUUAUUAAUGGUGUUUUCAAAAGAAAUCAUGUCCAUGGUAGAUUAUUGGAUUGACGAAAAUCGUGUUACACUAUUCAGCAUAAUUCACUAAUAAUUGAUUGAAGACAUAUGCCGUUGUCGGAUGCCAUUGGAUGGCCUACUAAUAAUCUCGACCCAAACGUCGUUACUGAACUAACUUUAUCAUUUAGAAUUCAUCAGAUCAGAAGAUGAUAUAUAUAUAUAUAAUAAAUAAUAGUAUUUGUUCAUUGAACCACACGUAUAUCAUUGUUCAGGCAGGAAUAAAAAAAGAGAUAACGUCGUUAAAUCUCAUCAUCAUCAUCAUCAUCAUCAUCAUCAUCUGCUCUGGAAGAGAGUCAUUCAUUGUUCAUCGACCAGCCCCGGGCUGCGGCAACAAAUCAAAACUUAAUCUCAACUCCUCUCUCUCCUGAAACGACAACCAACAACUAAAGUCUCCAUACCAGUUCCCACACUACAGCCAAUCUUACAGUCAGUCAGCGGCAGGCCAAGCAGCCUUCCUCGCCACGAUAACUUCUCUUGUUGCCUACUGUGCACUGUUAUUAAAACACUGAUAGAUAUGAAACGGUAUCUUUGAUCACCACGUUUUGUAACAAAAGCCCCAUGGGUCACGGAAUUAAGUUCUUUCUUUAAGUUUGUCACGUGGAACAGAGGUGUACAAGGUUGGAAAAUCAAAUGUUUUGAGAAAAUUAAACUUGAUUCUUUUCUUAGAUUGUAAACAGUCAAGCAAAUCCUUUGAGUUUGAGAAGAGUCAAAUAUUAUUUUUUUAAAUCCAACCCUUAUUAUUGCUGUUCAGGAAAUCAGAAAUAUCUAGGAUAGACCUCGCUGGGCUGUUCAUGACGACGCCUGGGGCAGUGUCUACUGCCCAUUCAAAAUUACACUUAAUCUUCCCAAUACGUCUUAUCAGUCCCCAAACCGAAUUCUUGACACCAACACCCAGCGAAAAACUUACAACUUUAAAAAAACAGAUUGGCAGCAGUUCACAAAACUAUGCAAACUUGACAUAGCAAACCUACACAAUUUAAACAAUGACACCCUUAAUACAAACUUCACAAACACAAUACAGGACAUAGCCUUGAAAUGCAUCCCGACAACCAAACCACCCAAGUCUAAAGCACAGAAAUAGGAAAGGGCUCUUUAUCUAUCCCAAGGAGAAUGGCCAAAACUCCUUUUGGAUAAACAUCAUUCUAAAGAAAGUAAUACAUCUAAAGAAACAAUAAAGGCAGCUAAAGAGAAACAUUGGCAAACCUUUUCUAGCACAUUAAACAUUGGAAAACAAAAUACCAAAAUUCUAGGCUACAAACAGUAAUACAGGCCACAACGGUUAGUGGGCCGAACACUAACCAGGAGACAGCGGACAGUUUGUACUCGAGUCUACAAACAGUAAUCAGGAUAAAGCGAGUAGUGCGUAUCUGAGUCUACAAACAGUAAUCAGGAUAAAGCGAGUAGUGCGUAUCUGAGUCUACAAACAGUAAUACAGGCCACAACGGUUAGUGGGCCGAACACUAACCAGGAGACAGCGGACAGUUUGUACUCGAGUCUACAAACAGUAAUCAGGAUAAAGCGAGUAGUGCGUAUCUGAGUCUACAAACAGUAAUCAGGAUAAAGCGAGUAGUGCGUAUCUGAGUCUACAAACAGUAAUCAGGAUAAAGCGAGUAGUGCGUAUCUGAGUCUACAAACAGUAAUCAGGAUAAAGCGAGUAGUGCGUAUCUGAGUCUACAAACAGUAAUCAGGAUAAAGCGAGUAGUGCGUAUCUGAGUCUACAAGCAGUAAUCAGGAUAAAGCGAGAAGUGCGUAUCUGAGUCUACAAACAGUUAUCAGGAUAAAGCGAGUAGUGCGUAUCUGAGUCUACAAGCAGUAACCAAGAGACAAUGGGCAGUGCGUAUCUGAGUCUACAAGCAGUAAUCAGGAUAAAGCGAGAAGUGCGUAUCUGAGUCUACAAACAGUAAUCAGGAUAAAGCGAGUAGUGCGUAUCUGAGUCUACAAACAGUAACCAAGAGACAAUGGGCAGUGCGUAUCUGAGUCUACAAACAGUAAUCAGGAUAAAGCGAGGAGUGCGUAUCUGAGUCUACUAACAGUAAUCAGGAUAAAGCGAGUAGUGCGUAUCUGAGUCUACAAACAGCAACCAAGAGACAGCAGGUAGUGGGUGAGGGAUACAUAUAGAGGUUUGGUAUAUAGUAUAGAUGGGGAUAUAUGUAGGUGUGUGACAUAUGGUGUAGAUGGGGGAUAUAUAUAUAGAUGUUUGGUAUAUAGUAUAGAUUGGGAUACAUGUAGGUGUGUGACAUAUGGUGUAGAUGGGGGAUAUAUAAAGAGGUUUUGUAUAUGGCAUAGAUGGGGAUAUAUGUAGGUAUGUGGCAUAUGGCAUAGAUGGGGGAUACAUAUAGAGGUUUGGUAUAUGGCAUGGAUUGGGAUAUAUGUAGGUAUGUGGCAUAUGGCAUAGAUGGGGAUAUAUGUAGAUGUUUGGUAUAUGGUAUAGAUGUGGAUAUAUGUAGGUAUGUGGCAUAUGACGUAGAUGGGGGAUAUAUGUAGAUGUUUGGUAUGUGGUAUAGAUGGGGAUACAUGUAGAUGUUUGGUAUAUGGUAUAGAUUUGGAUAUAUGUAGGUAUGUGAUAUAUGACGUAGAUGGGGAUAUAUGUAGAUGUUUGGUAUAUGGUAUAGAUGUGGAUAUAUGUAGGUGUGUGAUAUAUGGCAUAGAUGGGGAUUUAUGUAGGUGUGUGAUAUAUGGCGUAUAUGGGGGAUAUUUUUCAAAUAUUUUUUAUUCAAUUCAGUAUAUGAUAUCACAGAGUUAUACAUUGAGUAGCACGUCAUGAGGUAUACUUAUUAGGUGUAGGUUACAUACUUAUACAGCAGACAGCAACUUUAAGUUGGCUACAGGUGUCCAACAAUGCUUACAAAUGGUGAAACGGGCAGGCUACAUUUGCCAUGUUCAUUAACUAAGUGUGAAGCUAAAUCCUUACAGCACAUUAGCGGAAAUUGUUCAUAAAAAACAGAGACAUAUUAACUUGACAAGUCAUUUGCCAAAUUUUUCCAUUUUCUGUCAAACUGUCUUAUUGUAUUGUUUUUGAGUGCAAUUGAUUUCUCUAUCCGAAAUAUAUCGAUUAAGGUCUUCAGAAACUUUUCAAGUGACAAUUUGUUUUUUUUAAUACUUGAUACAUGGAUAUAUAUUUUGCCUGCCAGUAUGGUGUUAUUUAACAGUAUGUUAGAGUUGUACCCAAGUCAAUAACAGAGCAUUUUGUAAAUGUAAAUUGUUUUGAACAUUUUGCAUUCAGAAAACAUUCAACUUUAGCCCCAAACUCUUUAACAUGCUUACAAUCCUAAUAUACAUGACGUAAAGAUUCAGUGGCAGUUUCACAAAAUGAGCACAGAUCAUCAUCGAGAAUUUUCAUUUUAAACAAAUCUUUCUUUGUAUAGAUGUUGCGAUAA